CAGUUACACUGAAUGUUUAGUUACUAUUCAUUCAUCUCUGUCAGCUGAAACCAGAAGCACUAGGACCCAGCAUGAUGCAGUCAUGAUGCAUUUAUAAGUCCCUCGUAAAUCUCAGCAUCAUGUCAGAAAUACACCCCAAACAAAAAACACGUCAUCAGGAUGAAGUUCUGACACGUCACACACGUCACGCAGCUCGGGUCAACAAUACGAUGUAAAAUCUCACAAAUCAGAACAAACUGUUUCUGUUUCAAAUCUGAGUGCAUGUCAGAAAUCCAGACAACACGUGAAUGCAGCACGAGCAGCGUGGUCCCCGCCCUGUUCGGUGUCUGUUGGUCUGCACGCGCUGCACCGACGACAGGACCGGUUUAUGUCAUCAGGACUCAUCAGGACUCAUCAGGACUCAUCAGGACUCAGAGUUCUGAUGGCGGCUCAGCGCGUGGGGCGGCGGGUGAAUAAGGUGUGUGGUGCCCAGUCUCCAGGUUCAAACCUUCAGAGGCGACAAGCCCGGAUCACCGUCAAAUACAACCGCAAAGAGCUGCAGAGGAGGCUGGACGUGGAGAAGUGGAUCGACUGUGGACUGGACGAGCUGUACAGGGGCCGGGAAGACGAGAUGCCGGAAGAGGUGAACAUUGAUGAUCUGCUGGACCUGAAGACAGAUGAGGAGAGAACACAGAGACUGCAGGACAUCUUUCACUCUUGUAACAACAACACAGAGGUCUUCAUCCGGGACCUGGUCUUAAAACUUCACGGGUUACAGAAGCAGGAGGAUCUGCACAACGACGGCAUUAACCUCCCUCAGCUACACAUCUACUCCACCCGGUCCGGAUCAGCUGACAGGGAGGUGCUGCACUGAGACAGGAAACGUACCCAGCCUGCCCACACACACACACACACACACACACACACACACACACACCAGACACACACACACACACACACACACAUAUUGUUAGGGGGGUUAGGGGUUUUUGGGAAACCGGAGCCCCACAUCACACAAACUGCAAACCAAUAAAAAAAACAAUCAAAAAGCGUCAUUCAAACCGGAAGAUGGGAAGAAAAACCUUGUUUACCAUGGAGCGUAAACAUUUUGCAUUCGAGUAGCAAUUGCAAGAAGCUUCAUGUUGAGAUCCAUCGUUUUGGUUCAGGGAUAGAAAAUGAAGGAAAAACUCCACGCCAAAGUUCCUAAUGGGCGGCUUCUUCUUCUUCUUCUUCUUCUUCUUCUUCUUCAGGAAAACAGAUUUAGGCCACUACUGCCACCUUCUGGCAGUAAUGCCACCAAAAUUACGUCAUGCGCUGAGCUAAAUUGCAACACUCCCCCACCACCGGUUGCCGGUUUCCCUGAUUGUGUCUGAAUGUGUGUGUACACUCCACAUGCCACCUGGAGGCUGUGGACAGGAAAACAAACACGUUCAUUCAAAGAAAAGACACAAACAGCAUCACAUGUUUUAGUUUUUAUCAGUUGGUUAAAGUUUAUCUGAUGCAAACACACUGGACUUUUUGUUCCUGACAUUAAUGUUUGAGAAGGUUUUAGUUCUGGACCCGGUCUCACAGAUUGUUUUUAUCCUCUGAGGUUCCAGAGUGUUUCCACUGUGUCAAUGUUGGUGGGCGUGUUGGUACUCUAUCAGGUGAUGAAACAGUUCUCCUGAUUCUCCUGAAGUGUGUUUACAGCAUAAACACAUCUGAUAUAAGAUCAGUGUGUUUGACACACCAACCACGAAACAUUUCCUGUUUCCAGGUCCAAUCAGAAUCAUCAUGCUGAUUCUCUUGGACAGUCUUGUUUGUUUGUACAUGAUUUUAAAUAAAUCUUUGCACUUCAAAUGACUCCUUCUAUCGUAAGUGAAUUAUAAUACAUUCAUUCUUUUGUUUGUAAAACUUUGACUGUUUUUUUAAUUUUGAAUUUUAUUUAUUAUACAAAUAAAUAAAUAAAAUGUACAAAGAUAAAAAGUAGGGAUGCUCCGAUCGAUCGGCCGAUAUGGACUCUAAACAGGUUGAUCGGUGGGCGUUCAAAGUGCAGAUCAGAAAAGCAGAUCGCAUAACGAGACUUUUUUUUUGACGUGACAUAAAUUACCUAAGACUGUUGUUUUUCUGCGUGUGAUGUACCUGUCUGAGCCCCUAACGCCACGUAGUGGACAGCCGCUUGCUUACUGGUAGGCUAAUAAGGAGCGCUUCCCUGCACUUGCAGACGAGUCUACUUGUGUACACUAUGCACCAGUGUGGAUAGCGAGUGACUAUUCAGCACCGCAGCACAUGUCAUGGAUGAGAAAAGGAGUAGGUUUACCUCCAAAAAUGCAGGGAUACUUAUACUUAUAAAGAAAAAACUGCCAUUUAUGCAUGAGAAUUAAUUAGGAUAGGUCCACUUUAAAAAGAAAAUAUGGUAGCCUAAGCAGUAGUGCUAGAGCCUGUUUUUCUCAGUUUUGGUCUUUGAUUUUUGUUGGCAUAACUUGGGAAGGCUGUUUAUUUUGUUUCAUCUAUGGGAAUACAUUUUGUUUUUUGUCCCAUUAAGUGGAACUUGCUUAUUGCCUCAUAGUUAAGGUUUGUUUGUUUGUUUGUUUGUGCUAAGGUUAUUUAUCCAUAAUCUGUAAACUACUCUCUUAUAGAGAAUAAUGAGAAAUAUUUUUUUUCCAUCAAGUGGAUGUAUUUUGUGUUUCCUUAUAGUUAAGGGCUAUUAAGUGAUGCAGUGGCAGUAAACUGCCUCUUUUGUUUAAAAUGAUUUCGAAGCCUUUU